AAUUGCCUGUGAUGUAGACUGCCAGUGCAGUGAGGGUUGGAGAGGGAAAAUGCUUUUUGAAGCUUGCAUCUUGCUGCCUGUGCUGGCUUUGCUGUGGAAGCGCUUUCGUCCUAGAUCUAAGCGGGCAUGCGUCCUGGUGCUGGGCGAUUUUGGACGAAGUCCGCGAAUGCAGUAUCACUGUUGGUCGUUGAGUCGCGCUGGUUUUGACGUAGACGUCGUGGCCUAUGGUGGCUCAGAGCCUCACGGUAGUGUUCGUGAUGACCCGAAGAUCAAGGUGGCGCUCCUGCGUUCGCUGCCCGCGGCCAUCAAUAACCUCCCACGUGUGGCAGUGUACUUCGUGAAGGUGUUGCUGCAGUCUCUUCAGCUCUUCUGCACGCUGUACCUGUGGCUGCCGCGCGCCUCGCACCUGCUGCUGCAGAACCCGCCGGCCAUCCCUACCAUGGCGGUGGCGUGGCUGGUGUGUCGGCUGCGCGGAACGGAGUUUGUCGUCGACUGGCACAACUACGGCCACACCAUCCUGAGCAUGGCGUUGCCCAGGAAGCACCCACUCGUGCGCUUUGCAGUCUGGUACGAGCGGUUCUUCGGUCGCAUGGCCGACAAUGCGGUGUGUGUGACCAAUGCUAUGCGUGAGGACCUGGCGCGUAACUGGGACGUAACCGCGGUGACCAUGCAUGAUCGGCCGCCGGCGCUGUUCCGUCCAUUGCCACUUGAUGAGCGACAUCAUCUGUUCAUGCAGCUCAAACAGCAGUAUUCCGUGUUUGCCGACCCGGAUGGUGAUGCGAAUCGGACGGUUUUCACCCAGCUGGACACAUCCGGCAUGCCGGAGUAUCGCAGCGGUAGACCAGCACUACUCGUCAGCAGUACCAGCUGGACGGAAGAUGAAGACUUUGGUGUUCUUCUGGACGCUCUCAAAAUCUAUGAGGAACGCUCCCUGACUGACCUCUCUCUUCCACCACUUGUCUGUGUAAUCACUGGCAAGGGACCGCAAAAACAGUUCUACCUGGACAAGGUGAAAGAGUUGAAGUUCACUAGAAUCAGUGUUGAGACACCUUGGCUGGAAGCGGCUGAUUAUCCCAGAUUACUAGGCAGUGCUGAUCUAGGUGUGUCUCUGCAUACCUCAUCAUCCGGCCUGGAUCUGCCCAUGAAGGUGGUGGAUAUGUUUGGCUGCGGCUUGCCAGUUCUAGCUCACGACUUCAAGUGUCUGGGUGAACUAGUACGACACAAACACAACGGCAUGGUAUUCGCAAGUAGUGCCGAACUUGCGGAGCAGCUGUGGCAGUUACUCGGCGACCCGGAUCAGUCGCUGCUGCUCGACUUCCGCGAAAAUCUGGUAGAGUUCCGACUGAACCGCUGGGAGCAGCACUGGACGGCGAAUGUUGCACCGCUGUUUCAGGACUGAACUCAGUGCUCAAAGAACUUUACUUUGUAACUUGAAACAGCUCUCCCCCCACCCACCCCAACAAGCCUGGACUUGCAAGGAGUCACACACGCAGAAGCUGGGAGUUUCCGCGGCUCCUCUCCGUGUCCACCGCCAUCGUCAAGUUGGCUUGCCGUGGGCGUCUUAGUGUGGCCUUUUGAAUCUGGACUUCUCCUCGGUCUCCCUGACAGAUAAUGCUAACAGGACGUAAUUGGUCUGUCCUGGUCCACCAUUUCCUUGCGCGUCUUAUUCUGAGUUUUACAUGUUUCGGCGCCCUUGUGUGGCUCAAAAGGAGAACUCUUUACUCACAUGAUGUAUAUGUCUUGAGAUCCUUUCCUUUUCGAUUUUUAUCUAUUUCUUAUAUUUUGGAUUCUUACUCCCGACCGUCCCGAGCCAUGAUCUUCACGCGCAUACAUGCUACUAUUGCGCGUGCACACACACACACACACACACACACACACACACACACACACACACACACAUGCGCGUACACACACAAUGUACGCACUGCUGGGCAGUGUGUGCAUCAUGUGCGGCAGGCUUGAUCCGCAAGCCACCACCCGCGCUACCUAGUUAGACAGGCACCUAUCCAACGUAGACUUCAUCCUAGAGAUAAUCAUGUUACUAACAGUUUCUUCCUCUUACCAUGCAAGUAAUAUUAAUAAUACACAGUAUACCUUCUUGUA